AUGCAAGAAUCCCACACCGUGAGCGUGGCCGACAUGCUCAAGAAAAUAAAGGCAAAUGCAGCAAAAUCGACAGUCAAGAACCCGCUCGGCCCAGCCAAAACGACCUCCGGCGGCGAAGUGAAGGCCAUAUUGCAUGAAAUGGAGGCCCCGGAUGACAAGACGGCUUAG